AUGCCCGACUUAAUCUGGGGUCUGCUGGCUGGGCAUCCCGGCUCCAUCUCCAGCCAUUUAGAAAUGAGGUCACAGAGCUGCUGGCAUCUAAUCACGGCCUCUGGGGGUUUUUGUUGUUGCGGCUAUACUUGGCUUUCCUCUCACAGACCCAAACGGCCCAGGAAAUCCUCCUGGCUACCUCCAGCUGACUUUCCAGACACUGGGGUGCAGGGAAAACACCCUAUCCCUCCCUCUCCUUCUCCCCCCGCCUCCCCCGGGCCCCCCCAGUCUAAGGCUGCACUGAGCCAAGGGCGGAGAGGAAAGGAGAAGCCGCACACAUCUGGCCCCACAGCAGUCCCAUCUGGCCGCAGCAGCAGUCCUGGGCUGGGCGGAGUUCGGGAGGCCCCUGGGAGCCCGCAGAGCUUGAGAAGGGGGGUGGAUAGUGGUGUCCUCUCCCCUCCCGGCCCCGCUGCCUCCAGCCCAGCCCAGCCCGCCACAGCUGUACGCGCCGUCCUGGCCCGGCGGGCCAUGGAGCUCGACAGGGCUUUCUGCGCCGUGGGCGAGUUCGGGAGCUGCCAGAGGCGCUUCGUGGCCGUGCUGGUGGGGUUGCAGGUCUAUGUGGCCUGCCAGUCCAUGCUUAUCGUGUUGGUGGGCGCCAUACCGGAAUAUCACAUGGAUCAGGAGGAGCUGCCCAAGAACCCCGAGGAGCUGGCCAGUCACGUGCACUUUGCAGAUAACUUUACAUCCAUCGUGACAGAGUGGUGCUUAAUCAAACAGGAAGCAUAUAAAGUGAGCAUGGCGUCAUCCUUGUACUUCGCGGGGCUGCUCAUUGGAAACAUCACCUUUGGCCCAUUAUCAGAUAAAUUGGGCAGGAAGCCAGUGUAUUUGACAGGUCUCUUUUUUGAUGUCAUUUUGGGCUAUAUCUCAGCAUUUGCUCCAAGUUACCGAAUCUUUGCGAUGUCACGCCUAGGUGUUGGAAUUAUGAAUGGUGGAACGGCUUUAGUAUCUUUUGUCUUGACACAAGAAUAUGUAGGGAAAUCAUUUUGGGCACUAACAGGUUCAUUGGCCAACAUGACAUUUGCGGUUGGAAUCGCAUUCUAUGCUGUGUUAGGGUACUGCAUCAGGGACUGGCGCACCUUGACCUUUGUCUCAAAUUCUCCCGGGGCUUUCUUCUUUCUCCUUUCCUAUCUGCUCCCUGAAUCACCAAGGUGGCUGCAUUCCCAAGGGGCCGUGGAAAAAGCCGAGGCCAUAAUGCACUACAUAGCUUGUGGUAAUGGAAAAGAGGGGCUGAGGAUAAAAUUGAAACCCCUUGGAGGGUCAGAGAAAAGCCAAGUCUCAGCACCUGGGGUUCUCAACCUCGUGACACAUCCAGUCCUGCGCUGGCGCACCAUCAUCCUCAUGUAUGUUUGGUAUGUGUGUAGCCUGGUAUACUAUGGCCUUACUUUGAAUGCUGCUGAGCUCAAAGGAAAUCUGUACCUGAAUAUAGCUUUGUAUGGCCUGGUGGAAGUCCCAGCAUGCCCUCUGUGCAUAUACUUCAUCGAGAAGCCCUGGGCAGGGAGACGGAAAACCACCUCUGCUUUUCUCAUUUUUGCAGGAUUUGCCUGCAUCUUGACCAUGUUCUUAAGUGAACGUUCAGGUUUGUUUUGGAAUCCCAUGCUGCUGGCCUUGAGUGGAAAACUGGCCAUAAGCGCUGCCUUCAACACGGUCUAUAUCUACACCUCAGAACUCUACCCUACAGUAAUAAGGAACGCUGGCCUAGGGGUCUGUUCAAUGACUUGCAGACUUGGUGGUAUAUUGGCUCCUUUUGUACCCACCAUGAAAUCUAUCAGCCCAUCUGUCCCCUUUGUGGUGUUUGGCAUCAGUGGGCUGUCAGCAGGAUUCUUGGAUCUACUUCUUCCAGAAACUCUAAAUCGACCAAUAACAGAGAACCUUCAGGAUCUGCAGGCCUCGGAAACCUAAGUGCUAAGAAGGCAUAGUAAGGUGUGCUAACGAAAGGAAAUCAUCUUUGAAAUCCUCUGAAAGGACAGUGGCUCUGAUCAAUGUUUGGGCAUAUUUUUGUCAAGGAAUUUUCGCAAUUAAGUCAGGAAGUCACUGUUUGAUGCUAGAGGGGGGAAAGAAACUGUGAACUCUGGAGAUCAAUGGAUGUGACGGGGUGGGAGGAGGGCCAUGUUUAUCAGAGCUUGUAAUUAGGUAAAUUAAACAUCGGUGGAUCCCUGAAGCGGAGGAGAAAUAAACCAGUGAAUGAAGAAUGAGAAACAGCCCUCCAUGUUGGUACCCAUGGAAGGAGCUAAUGAAUGACAGGUGCUGGACCUUGGCAUAGCCAGAUUUUUUGAGUUUUUAGAACACCGUGUGCAUGUACAUAGGGACCAAGACGAAACUGGGCAAGAACAGCAGAGUGAAAUCCUGUGCCCAAUCUGAUGAGCUGGCUGAGGUAAAGUGUUGCAAAGGUCCGCCAUUGGAGGGUGACUGCCCAACUGCUCUUCUUAGACUUGGCAUCGGGCUCAUUGUGUGUCCGAUGGAAACCUCCUCUCCUCCCUUCCACCCCACCUCUUUCUAAUUUUCCUUUUGUGGAUU